AUGCUAGAUUUCAAACAUUCUGCUGGAUUUCACUUUUCACACUGUUCCGUUUUGUUUCAUAAUUGCGUCUUAGACCAAGGACAGUCGGAAGGUCCAUGGACAGUCGGAAGGUCCAUGGACAGUCGGAAGGUCCAUGGACAGUCGGAAGGUCCAUGGACAGUCGGAAACUCCACACCGGCCGGAGUAACUUAA